AUGGCGCUGGGACCUGUCUUUGCUGAAGCUGAUACCGAGGUGAAUUGUCUGGAACCGAGGCCAACACAUAUUACCUGGAAAAUCUAUAAAGUUCCAGAUCUGAAGACUGGUCCAGACUGGUCAAAACCUUUGGACCCACCUGGAGUUGGGAGAAAAGAUCUCUUAAUCUUAAAAAUUCCUGCUGCUAGCCUGGGUGAAGGCUUAUAUUUAUUCAAUUUGACCAUAACAUUAACCACAAGGGACACUUUAGAGAAAGCAGAAGACUCCGAUUCAGUGUUUGUCAGGAUUAGGCCCAGCAGACUUCUAGCGGUCAUCGCUGGAGGUGAUUUGCAGACAGUUGGCUUUUCUGAGCAGUGGAUUCUGGACGGCUCCGCUUCUUCUGAUCCUGAUGCCCCCCAACCCUUCGAAGGCCUCACCUUCACUUGGUACUGCUCCCGACAAAAAGCAGACUACAUUUCCAUGACCUUGAGCAAGACAGGGAAGUGUCGUCCCGAUCAGGCAGAUUUGAAAUGGACAACUUCUUCAGAUCCAGUGCAGACAGUUCCACCCAGAACCCUUCAAGAAAACACCAUGUACUAUUUUCUUCUGGUGGUUCGUAAAGGAAGGAGACAUGCCCAGGUUGAACAAAGGGUACAUGUGCAGGCUGGUGCUCGGCUGGCGCUGAACAUCACGUGUAUUGAAAACUGUGGAAGGUCAGUGAUUCCACCCUCCUUUUUACCUGUUGGCACACCCUCUAAGCAGUAUCUUUUGACCGUGUAUGUCGAAGUAUAUGAUGCACUUGGUGCUUAUUCCCAGAUAACUUUACCAACAACAGUGCACAGCCCUUUGAAAGACAAGGAUCCAGGGGCUGUGCUAAAGGAACUGCAUAGUUUGACCAGUGGAAGAUCAGCGCCAAUAACACACUUUCUCCACAGUGGAAAUUACUUAAGGGCAGGUUAUUUUGUCAACCUGGUGGCUUCUGCUUUAAAUGAUCUAGAAGUGCUUCCAAGACUUCAUUCCUCUAAGACAGAACUGCGUGAAACUCUUUUGAGCCAUUCUGCUGGAAUCCCAAUAACAAACGGAAUGGAGGCAAAUCAAAUGAUCUCAAGUAUUCUGCAGAUAACACAAGAAAUCAGGGAAGUCAAUAGGAAAUCACAGCUGCUUGCAGUCCGAAAGCUCAGGGAAGUGGUUCAUGGGUUGAGAAGGCAUACCAAAGAAAAUGGGGGAUCUAAGGAAAUAGAUGUUCUCGGAACUGCUAUUCUUGCUGGGUUGUCCAACGUCCUGAAAGCUUCUCUGUUAAAAAAUCCACACAGCCACCGAAACGUGGCUGAGGAAACUAUCUCCGUCAUGGAAAUUUUAGCAGACCUCCUCUUACAAGGCAAAGUCCCAGGAGAAAAUGAAACCACCAUAGAAACUGACGACUGGACCAUCUCAUUAAGGAAAGAGGAAAAGCACAAUACUUCUGACACUUUUGCCACGAGAAGAGACUGCCAGAACUGUUUCCAUCCCAAAAUGAACCAGGCGGAAUACGACCAGUUGCCCGGAGAUGCAGUGAUUUCUACUGUGCUUUAUGACUUUGAGAAGAGCCCCUUUUCCUGGUUGCCAUCUUCAGACGACAUUAGCACAAGGGUGGCUGGGUUCAAGAUGGCAGGAACUAAAUCUAACGGUGACGUGAUUGGAAUUGUGCCCGAUGUGGCUGAAAUGAUCCUGACCAGAAAUGAGGAGAAGACAGUUGUAUUUGAGAUGAUGGUGGAACGCAGCCAAGCCUUCCCUGAAGCAUCUGGAGGAUUUAGCUUUGAAGUCUGUAGGAACUCCAAAGACAUCUUAAUCCAGAUAGUGACGAAACUAAAGCUCACUUUCCAAGUGUUCAUAUACGUGGGUCUCAAGCUUAGUCGUCCUCCUAUAGCUAUUUUUAAUGUUUCCCAUACUAAGCCAGUGACAUCAAAGACUAAGAAUUCCACAGGUGAUGAUUGUGUAUUUCAGACUCCUUAUGUUUUUUGCCUUUCUCAGACAUUACUCAAAUCCAUAUUCCAAGGCAGCAGAGCCAAAAAACAAAACAUCUCCAUUGUUUUCCAAUUUGACCACUUUCUAGAAGACCAUGACCCACAGCAACUUGGCCUCACUCUGUUUACAGCUGACUGCUUGUAUCUGGAUGACGUCCAAACACUUUGGAGAGAAGAUAAGUGUCAUCUCGGACCUCAGACUUCCUGGCGGAAGCUACACUGUGUCUGUGCAGGCAAAACACGCACUUCGAGGACUGCUGACCCACCAACGGGAAGAACCUCCUCAGGGGACAUCACAUUUUUGGCUGGGAAGGUGACCGUCUAUCCUGAUCCAGUAGAGAUGAGAAAGAUCCAGUUUGCCCAAAUCCUGAAAAAUCCAGUGACAAUAUUGACUGUACUUUUCAUUUUUCUCACCUAUAUCAUGUUGGCUAUUUGGGCAAUGAGAAAAGAUAAGGCUGAUGUGGAAAGCAAAGCCCAUGUUAUCGUCUUGCCUGAUAAUGACCCCUUUGAUAAGAUUUGCUACUUGGUCACCAUCUAUACCGGCAGCCGCUACGGGGCAGGAACAACAGCCAACAUUUUCAUCCAACUGACAGGGGACGAAGCGGUCAGCGAUGUCCAUCGCUUGAGCCACCCUGAACAUGUGCUUUUUCUCCGUGGGGCCAUCAAUACCUUUCUCCUGACUACUAAGAAUGACCUGGGAGAUAUUUAUUGCUUUCAAGCUUGGCACGAUAAUGCAGGUUCUUCCCCUAACUGGUUCCUGAGCAGAGUCAGAGUGGAGAACGUGUACACCAAGCAGUCUUGGAUGUUCAUAUGCCGAAAAUGGUUUGCUCUGGAUAAAGACGAUGGCCUAAUCGAGAGGGCGUUUGUCGUGGUUCAGCCAAUGGCCUCUUUAAACAAAGUGGAUUUCUUUCUGAUCAGCUUUGCCAAAGACCUGGCAGACAACCACUUAUGGUUCUCCAUUUUUGCCCGCGUGUGCGCUGGUCCUUUCAACAGGCUUCAGAGACUGUCUUGUUGCUUGGCAAUUGUCUUCUGCAUCCUGCUGAUCAACAUGAUGUUCUUCAAGGCUGAUGUGGACCAGCAGAUGUUUUCGGGGCAAGUGCAGUACCUGAGGCUUGUAAUAAUUGGUAUUCAGAGUGCUUUCAUUUCGGUCCCUUUGCAGAUGAUCGUGACAGCUUUGUUCAAAUAUUCCCAGAAGGAGCCUCCUGUCCAGAAGGUCACUGAAGCUGAGCAAAAAGAAUGUUCUGCUUCAAUGGCCGGAAAUAUGAGGAACUGGAAAGAACGUUUGCAGAAAUGUUACCUUCUAGAAACGGCUUCAAAAUCCCCACAGCCCCGUUUCCCAGAUGGCAGCUUCUCCGGCGCCUCUGGUCCCCAAACACUAGAACAGAAAAAGUUUAGGUGGCGGCAGAGAGCAAAAAUCCGUCACAAUUGCACCAUUCCGGAGGGGGAUGCCAAUGUGAUUUCAGCAGAGGAGGAGGCCUCGCAAGGCGGCCAUGCCAACAUCAAUUUUAGCAAUAAUUAUACGGAGAAGGAGGCAGCACACCAAACGAGGCCCCUCAGUAUUCCCAGCAUGCUUUUCUUCAAGAGACCACAGAUCAUAUCCUGGUGGAAUAGGUAUGCUUCAUGGAUGCUGGUCUUGGUCAUCUCUACAGCAUCCUCGUUUUUCAUCAUAUUGUACAGCCCCUCUCAGGACUACGAAACGUCUUUAGAAUGGCUAGCAGCCUCUGCCAUCUCGCUCCUUGUGAGCGUGUUCUUCCUUCAAACGCUGAACAUCCUCUUCUUUUCUGCCCUAAAAUUGAUGCACCCCAGCUCCUGUGAAAGCAUUCCGUGGUCAAGCAAAGAAACUUUCCUAGAGAUUAAGCUGGAUGAUGUAAGUAUGAACGCCGAUGACAUGCGGGAACUGCACUAUGAUCUGGUGAGGAUGCGGGGCACCAAGCAGUACCAGCCUUUGGAAGAGGAUGAGAUCACCAUUUUUAAGAAAAGAGAGAAGAUCCGACACCAGGCCUUGGUUUUCCUAAAGGAUGUCGUAUGCCACUUUGUCUUUUUACUCCUGAUCUUGAACAUUGCCUACUCAAUGGAGAACACCACAAGUUUUUACUACAAUCAAGAUAUGGACACGAAAUUGUCUGAGGGGCUUUCUGAGGUCAGCAAAGUAGACGAGAUUUACCUCUGGCUGACGGAGGUCUUUCUGCCGUUGAUUCACAACGACCUGCAGCCAACCUUCCUCCCAGAGACCUGGUCCAAAAUCCUGGGUUUACCCAAAAUGCGGCAGAUAAGAGCCAAGAAUACUAAAAAAGAAUGCUUCUAUCCACACAGUUUCAUAAAUAAAUUCGUGAUUAGUAAAAGCCACUGCCUCCACAGAUACGGUGUUGACGAAGAAGAUCACAGGAACUACCUCGGGUCUUGGGAAAACCCAGUUAAUAAAUCAAUUGCCAAGCGUUUCGGCAAUUCCACAGGAUUCACCUACCACGCCGUCACGGAUCCCUGGAGAUACAGCUCCUACGGAGAGCGAAACGCGUACGAAGCAGGAGGAUACGCUUUCAACUUUUAUCCGGAGGAGACGCUGUCCGAAUCAAUGAAAAGAAUGGAGUCUUUGGAAGGAAGCAACUGGCUGGAUGAAAAUACCUGGGCGCUGAUAGUCGAGAUGACCACGUUUAAUCCCGACGUAGACUUGUUCUGCAGCAUUUCCGUUGUCUUUGAAAUUUCUCACUUAGGCCCCAUUAACACAACCUUGUGGAUCCACUCCUACAAACUCCCCAUUUUCAAGCAGCUGAACCAAGGGGAGAAGUUUGUUUUCAUAACAGUGGGCUACAUGCUGGUCUUCUAUAUUAUUGAUGAGUUCUGUGUAGUGGAGCAACAGAGACUGGACUACCUAAAAAACGUUUCCAAUUUGAUUAACUUUGGAAUAAAGGCUGUGUGCUUCUUCUUCCUUCUGCAACUUGCGUUCAAGUUCAAACUGGCUUCCAGCCUCAUUGAGCUCUAUCUACGCCACCCGGAUGAAUUCGUCCCGUUCCAUAAAGUUUCUCACGUCGACAAAACCUUGCGGAUCACUCUAGGAUUUCUAGCCUUUCUGAUCAUCCUGAAAACGCUUCGGUAUUCCCGUUUCUUUUACGACGUGCGCCUGGCCCAGAGGUCCAUUUUAGCUGCCCUGCCUGGCAUCUGCUCUAUGGCCUUAGUGGUGGCGGUGUACUUCUUCGUCUACAUGGCAUUUGGCUACCUUGUCUUUGGCCAGUAUGAGUGGAAUUACAACAUGAUGACGCACUCGGCCCAGACGGUCUUCUCCUACUGUGUUUCGGCCUUCAAAGACACGGCUUUCAGGUCCAACAGAGUGCUGGGGGGCCUCUUCCUGGCCUCCUUCAUGAUGGUGAUGAUCUGCGUCUUGAUCAAUUUAUUUCAAGCCGUGAUUAUGUCGGCUUACGAGGACAUGAAGCAGCCCGUUUACGAGGAGCCUUCCGAUGAAGCGGAGGUGGUCAAUUUUUUGUUAAAUAAAAUCCGCCGAAUCUGGUACUUCGUAACCUGCAGGCCUGUAUCCACCACGGAGACGGAGCUUUUUAAUCGAGUCCUCUUUGGGCUUCCUGAACGCAGAAGCAGGCAUCACCUUGGACUCAAAGCCAGGAAAAUAAAUGGGCGGAAGAUGGUUUAUCUGGUCAUUUGA